CGGAGUUAUCUCGUCGGUCCAUGAUGGUGCCUAAAUCCAGGGAUCAACGGGCUCUCGGUAGACAUACCUCUCAUGACGCCAUAUCCCAGCCUUUCAUUGUCACCACGUCUCUGGGCCGACCCAACAGAGCUACGCGCAAGAUCAUCCGGAGCCAUGUAAUGCGCGGCAAGAAUAGCUCUAAGCGUGUCGGGGCUGAAGUGGUCUACGGAUCUUGGAUCAACGGUCCACUUUCAGCCAAGCCGGAAGGGAUGUCGAAGGCGGAAGAGACGGGGUUAUGGAUCCCCCAGCCCCGUACGGUCUGUCUGGACCUGGAGACCUUCACCUUUGCUGACCAAAUUAAACCGUAUAUGUUGGAACUGAUCUUCAAAUUCUUUACGAUCUUGAAGCAGUCAGUAUACCCUAUUGAAUUUUGCUUAGAGUUUGAUCCAAAAUCGUCAGUCUGGUAUAAGUAUCUCUUAUCUGAUGCAGCGUGCCAUCACUCGCUGCUAUGGAUGACCCAGUCGUAUUUCGAUUGGAUACAGGGCUAUUCCCUCUCCCCCACAGCCUUGUUCCAUGAAGCCAAGACUCUCCAACUCCUACAAUGCAGGAUAAAUGAUCCAGAUUCUGCCUUGAACGACACCACCAUUGCGGUGGUCGUCACGUUAGUCAUGGUUAGCGCACUUGUUGGCCAUGUGAGCGUGGUCAAGAAGCACAUGCAGGGGCUCAAUAAGAUCAUUGCCCUGAGGGGCGGCAUGAAAGAGCUGGAAAAGAAUGCUCAACUUCAGAUAAAAGUGUGCCGUGCCGACCUUUGCACCGCGCUUCUUACCGGAAAUAAGCCCUUCUUCUUUUCUGAAGGGAUGUCAUGGCAGCCUUAUUUAGCUCGACCUGCAGAUAUCAAUGACUUUCUAUCUACGCACUUUGCCGGCUGCAACAUCGAUAAAAGAUUGGCGGGCGUUGCCGCUGACCUUCGACGCUUCUCCAUAUCAACAAAUUUGGCCUUUGCGACUGGCCGUAAGAUUGCUGGAGAGGUUUACCAAGAAACUUUGAUCUCAACUCAAUAUCGGCUUGCCACCUUGAAUUUCGAUCCGGAAGAUAUAAACGAGCUUCUUCGUCUGGGACUUUUGCGAAUUGGUCUCUGGCUCAUGAUCUCAGGACUAGUUGCCGCUGUGACUCAAGAGGAUGAUGACGUACUCCUUCCUUUAUUGCGGGAACGGUGUCGUGAAUCAGGACAACCCUCUUGGACCGAAGUCCGAAGCAUCCUGAAGAGUGUUAUGUGGAUUGAUGCGCUCCAAGACAAGAGCGGCAGACAAGUGUACGAUCGAGCCGUCUUAGUCGACCAAGUCUGA